CUCAUGCAGUGCAGGUCUCCAGACGGCUCGUCUUGCGUCACACAGUCAUCUCCACUGAAUGUGGUUUAGCCAGCUCAGCUCUACAACACACACACGCACACACACAGACAGGGGAGAGGCGGGGGCUUCAAAAUCAUCAGGUGUAUGUGUGUGUGUGUGUGCAGUCGCUCAGAGGUUUCACACCAGAUAACAGGCAUACAGAGGCAUUGCUUUUGUUCUGCCAGUCAAGCUGUGACCGGGACAUCUACAUGAUUUGGGAUUUUUUCCAGAGUCCAACCAGGUAGCAAUGAUGGUUGGAAAGCCAGUCCGGCAGUGGAGGUCCAUCUGUAAGGGACUGAUCCUGGGUGCACUCCUGACCACCUGCAUGAUCCUUCUGUACUGCCUGUCGGCCCCCGAGGUCCAGUUUGGCUUGCAAGAAGUGCCAGUGCCUUACUCAUGUGCCCAUCGCCCUUCUGCUGCCCACUCCAUCCCAAACAGCUCCCAUCAUCCCUCAGGGCAGCCAAUCUGCACUCCGAAAGUGGACAUUGUGUUCAUGAAAACCCACAAAACAGCCAGCAGCACUUUCCUCAACAUCCUCUUUCGCUUCGGUGAGAAGCACCACCUCAAGUUCGCCUUCCCCAACAGCCGCAAUGACUUCUUCUACCCCUCUUCGUUCCACCGCUCACAGGUCAAAGACUACCGGCCUGGAAUGUGCUUCAACAUCAUCUGUAACCACAUGCGCUUCAAUGCUGCCGAGGUGGCCAGGGUGCUUCCAGCCGAUGCCUCCUACAUCACAAUCCUCCGGGAUCCCGCUGAUCUGGCCGAGUCCUCCUUCCACUAUUUUGGACGUGUCGUACCCCUAACGUGGAAGAUUUCCGGGGAGGACAAACUCAGAGAAUUCCUAUCCGAUCCAAACCUUUAUUAUGACCCUGAAGGAUUCAAUUCCUUCUAUCUCAAAAACCUGCUUUUCUUUGACUUCGGCCAGGAUAACAACCUAAAUCCUGACGACCCAAGAGUAGACCAGGCCAUCCAGGAGAUCUCCAAACGCUUCCAGCUGGUGAUGCUUGUGGAGUAUUUUGAAGAGUCGCUCAUUUUGCUGAAGGACGCCCUCUGCUGGGACAUGGAGGAUUUGCUUUUUUUUAAACUCAAUGCUAGGAAGGAUUCGACUAUUUCUAAGCUCACCCCAGAGCUUAGAUCCAAGGCCCUCCAGUGGAACGCCAUCGACUGGAAGCUUUACCAGUAUUUUAAUGACACCUUCUGGAGAAAGGUGGACGCUUACGGCCGGCAGCGAAUGAUUAGAGAUGUUGCAGAGCUUCGGCGCAGAAAUGCAGAAAUGGCUGCUGUUUGUAUUGAAGGAGGCCAGGCUGUUGAUGCAGGAAGCAUCUUGGAGACGUCCAUGCAGCCGUGGCAGCCUAUUGGGGAGAGGUCCAUUAUGGGUUACAAUCUGAAGAAGAAUAUCGAUAAAGCCCACCGAAGGCUCUGCAGGAAGAUGCUGACCCCAGAACUGCAGUAUCUCAGCGAUAUGGGUGUCAAUCUGUGGAUUACAAGACUGUGGGGUCACAUUAGAGAUAUCCUGCACUGGUAGCGCAGAAGAGAUGUGUCUAAUGAAGUAUCUGUUAGUUAAGAGCUUCCGUAUUUUGUGAUUCUCAGGUGUUUAAUUAUUUAUUUAUGGUUGUGAAUUGCAUUAUGGGAUGUUGAUUUCUGCUCUGUCGACUUUU